AUGUCUGACUUGCAAAAGACCCCCAUAUUGAAAGCAUCCGAUCUUCCUGAAGAAAUACAAACCAAAGUGUUUGAAUUGUCGUUGCAGGCCACCACAUACAAAGUCGAGAAGGACAUUGCCACCUUCCUCAAGAAGGAAUUGGACCAGUUGUACGGCCCUACCUGGCAUGUUAUCGUGGGCAAGAGCUUUGGCAGCUAUGUCACCCACGAACAGGGAUACUUCAUUUACUUCUAUAUUGGAGAAUUGGCAUUUUUAAUCUUCAAGAGUGGUUAA